CUCUUGUGUCACAUGUGCACAGCCCGAGGGAUUUCCAGUGGUGUUUUUGUGGUUCACGUCGGGCUAAAACACCCGGUAAUUAGAAGAAUAAAGCAAAAAAGAGAUGGAUAGAGACUUUUUUCCUGAGCCGGGACGUCUGUUGACAUUUGUGAGGACACUCAAAGAGGUGUUUGACGUGUGUGACGAAGACUCAGACGGGUUUAUCCGCCCUGAACACUUUGUGCAGUUGGGUUCCCAGUUUGGACAAGCAGAACAGGUGAAGAAGUUGGCCCAAUGUCUAGACCCCGACACUUUUGGGAGGAUCAACUUCAAAAUCUUCUGCCGUGGCGUCCUCACCAUGAAAGACUAAGAGUCUCUGUAAAAGCAGGUCAGCUUUCCCACUACAGUGGACCCAGGCCAACCAGGACACAGGAAAGGACAGAGCCGGG